UUUUACUAAAUGACAAAUCAGUCACAAUUUUUGUUUUAUUUAAAAAAUUCUAAUUCAUAAACGAUUUUUUUUUUCGUUAGUUUAAGGAAAUAAAAGCAGAAAUAAAAAUUCAAUUUACUUUAAAUAGAAAGCGAGUAAAAAAGUUGAAAACUUGAUCGAAACGCCGACAAAAUUUGAACAACAAUAAAGCCUUUAGUCGAAUAAAAAAAUUCCAGUUCUGUGAUGGACAUGAUAAUCGAGCAUAUUUUGAAUUUCCUGCAAUUCGAUGUGACUAGCAUUUUCGGGAAAGGUAGUGAGUGUGGGCUCUGUUGCAUGAGCUUUUCCACGCCGCAUUUCAGCGAGUCCGCCGAGCGGUGCAUUGCAAAUGUCUACGAGCCACGUCCACAAAUCACAAAUGGCGACGAGAUGAUGGAGUGUGACGACGAGGACAGCUUGGAUGAGAACGAUCUACAAUUGCAGGCAUUCUGCCGAGAGCUAGAGCAAGUGGAAGAGGAAGAGGAGGAGACGGAUACUCAGGGCUGCGACACUAACUCG